AUAAAAUGAAAAGAAAGAAAGUAAGGAAACUAAGAGAUCCAGCAGACAUCGAAGGACAUCAUGAGAGAGUGCCGUUACAAAGGCGAAAUUCUCGACCUUGAGCUGAGCUGAACCAAAACAAAAACAUUCCAGAAAAAGGAUUGCGGGAUUACAGGAUGUCAGGGUGCGGUGGUGGUGAUGAUGGGCAUGGGGGCCAUGGACAUGACCAUGGCCAUGGGUCCUGUGGUAGUGGCCAUGACCAUGGGCCAGCUGACCUUGGGGUGGCCUACAGCUUGUACACACGCAUUGAUACCGACCAUGUGGAGUGUCUCAACGAGGCAGUUGAUGGCUCUGGCAAGACCGUGUUCAAGCCUUGGGAGGAACGGUUGUCUAGGGAAAAGUUUGUGGAGAGUGAUGCUGAUGAGGAGCUUCUUUUCAAUAUUCCGUUUACAGAUAGCAUCAAGCUGAAGGGAAUCAUUGUGGUGGGGGGAGAAAAUGGCUACCACCCCAGCAAGAUGAGAGUCUACAAGAACCGAGAGCACAUGACAUUUGAUGAUGUGGCCUUGGCUGCUGAUCAAGAGUUUGAACUCCAGCCUGACCCCACGGGCACCUUGGAGUACACCACCAAAGUGGUGACCUUCUCCUCGGUUAAUCACCUCACUCUCCACUUCCCCGCGAACUUCGGCGAGGACAGCACUAAGAUUUCCUACAUUGGCUUCCGAGGAGAGUACACUAAGGCACACCGGCAUGGCGUCACUAUAUGCACCUAUGAGUCCACACCACAAAUGUCUGACCAUAAAGACAAGGUUACGGACACUGUGGGACGACCUGUGAUGUGAUUAGAGGGAAGCAGGAGGGAGGAAAAUAGAGUGGCAUUGUAUGGUUGCGAGGGGGAUUGGGUGACAUGGCUGGCUUGUAAUAAGAUGAGUCCACACCACAAAUGUCUGACCACAAAGACAAGGUUAUGGACACCGUGGGACGACCUGUGAUGUGAAUAGAGGGAAGCAAGAGGGAGGAAAAUAGAGUGGCAUUGUAUGGUUGUGAGGGGGAUUGGGUGACAUGGCUGGCUUGUAAUAGGAUAAGGAUGAGAGUGGGAAAGGAAAGACGGGAAGAGGGCACACUUACUGGACUAUUAUGCUUGGAGGAAGAUGGGAAAAUACUAAGAGAAGAAUGAUGGAAAUGAAAGUAGUAAAAUGAUCAAAGAUAUGUGCUAGAAUGACUAAAGAUCCUUAAUUUGUUUCUGCUUAUAAUUUUUUGCCAGUGGUGGGAGGAAGACACCAAAAUAUCGACUGCAAGUGUUAGCCUGCCAUUAAAUAUUUUGGCUUGUGGUGUGGAAAGGAUUCUGGGAAAGGGUGACAAAGAGUUCUUACCUACUGUUACUCAAACUUUAAUGAGAGCAUAAGUAAAGAAUCUUACUGAACAUCUGAUAAACUCGACUUUGUGAGCAAGGUGUGGUGAGAAUGGGAGGUCUGCACCAUUCUCCAUUUUUGGGGUUAGACUCAAAUGCUGGAGUUUCAAUGCUUUGUUCAUGGUGUCAGAAUGCUUAGGGAGCAAGGAGAAUGGAUUUGUUUGUGCCUGUGUAGACAGUUGGUUCUUGAUGUGAGGUUAAGGGGUGAUAUGAUGUGGAUAAUGACAGAGUGGCUUAGGGGCUUACACACAUCAUAAUAUAUCAGUAAGUAAGCCCCUCUCACAACAUGCCUCAUAUGAUGGAUAGCACUGUUCAUCUCCCUUGUCAUCUGUUCAAGUGAGGAUGAUCAAUGUGAUAACUUCCUUCAUAUUGUGAUAGAAACUCAUUUUUUGUUUGUGGCUUUGCUAACAUCCAUUUUCAUUUGUUCUACUGCUUGUUCAUUGCUGAAGAUUUCUUAUAUUUUUCACUCAUGCUUUGUGUUUGGAUGGCAAGGAUCAUAGACUGAAUACAUGAACCCUUAUGUAUAUAUGAGCGAGUUUUGCUUUGAGCUACAUUACUUUUUUUUUAAUACAGUCAGAUGUUGAGUUACUUCUCUCAAACAAGUCCAGCUGAGCGGACUGACGAAACUGCUGUGUUGAAGUGUUCUGCGACUGCUUUGCUACUAAUGUUACUGGCGAAUGUUGGCUUACCUGCCAUGCACAUAGGCAAUUGAUUGAGUCAGGCUUACUUAUGUGUGUUUUCUAGUGUGAAUAUACUAUGUGAGACUGCUAAUGAAUUAAGGUUCUUUUAUACUUGAAAAAUAAAAACUGAUGAAUUCAAA